UAUAAAUGCUGAGUAAUGCUUUCUUUUUUUUUCUUUUUCUGGCAAUUUUUCUUAGUGACAAGCUACCAUUUGAUUAACUCAGACAAUUUUCUGAAGAUUCUGAGAACAUUUCCUUGCCUUUUCCCCAUGCCUAUUGGAAGAAUUCUCAGGUUGAUUCUCACCUUAUGUCUGGGCGCCAAUGCCUCAGCUUUGGAGAAAGAGAUUGGUCCAGAACAAUUUCCAGUCAAUGAACACUAUUUUGGUUUAGUUAAUUUUGGGAAUACAUGCUACUGCAAUUCAGUUCUUCAGGCACUUUAUUUUUGUCGUCCAUUUCGAGACAAAGUCUUAGCAUACAAGAGUCAACCAAGAAAAAAAGAGAAUCUCCUUACAUGCUUAGCUGACCUCUUCCACAGUAUAGCCACCCAGAAGAAAAAAGUUGGAGUUAUACCUCCCAAGAAAUUUAUAACAAGAUUACGAAAAGAAAAUGAACUUUUUGAUAACUACAUGCAGCAGGAUGCACAUGAGUUCUUAAACUACCUAUUAAAUACAAUUGCGGAUAUCUUGCAAGAGGAAAGAAAACAAGAGAAGCAAAAUGGUCGCUUACCCAAUGGCAAUAUUGAUAACGAAAAUAACAGCCCACCAGACCCAACAUGGGUUCAUGAAAUCUUUCAGGGAACGUUAACAAAUGAAACCAGAUGUCUUACGUGUGAAACUAUAAGCAGCAAAGAUGAAGACUUCUUAGAUCUUUCUGUUGAUGUAGAACAAAAUACUUCAAUUACUCAUUGCUUAAGGGGUUUCAGCAAUACAGAAACUCUGUGCAGUGAAUACAAGUAUUACUGUGAAGAAUGCCGCAGUAAACAAGAAGCACAUAAAAGGAUGAAAGUAAAAAAACUGCCUAUGAUUCUAGCUCUCCAUUUGAAGAGAUUUAAAUAUAUGGAUCAGCUGCAUAGAUACACAAAACUCUCUUAUAGAGUAGUUUUUCCUUUAGAGCUUCGUUUAUUUAACACCUCAGGAGAUGCCACCAAUCCUGACAGAAUGUAUGACCUCGUUGCUGUGGUAGUUCAUUGUGGAAGUGGCCCUAACAGAGGACAUUAUAUUGCAAUAGUGAAGAGUCAUGAUUUUUGGUUGCUUUUUGAUGAUGAUAUUGUUGAGAAAAUUGAUGCACAAGCUAUUGAAGAAUUCUACGGGUUGACGUCAGACAUCUCAAAGAACUCUGAGUCUGGUUACAUCCUCUUCUAUCAGUCUCGGGAUUGAGGGGGAGUUAUAGUGAAGAGAGAUUGUUACGCCUCACGUCUUCUCUAUCUUGGAUUGGAGCAAGCACUGAAAGAAAGGAAGCUGGAAGCUCCAGGGGCAGUAGCACAGUUUGCACACGACUAAGCAAAGAACUUGGGAUUUUUAAGACCUUUGUAUCAUUUUCAUUUU